AGGUGGUCUGUGAUCCUCUCGCCGAUUACAACGUCUGGAACACGGUGCGGCAGGUGAACGAUUCGGAGAAGCUGGAUCCUAAAAGUGUCAUCAUCGCUUCCGCUCGAAUUGACAGCCACUCUUUUUUCUGGAACGUGGCCCCCGGGGCAGAGAGCGCGGUGGCUUCCUUUGUCACCCUCCUCGCUGCAGCUGAAGCCAUCCAUAAAAUCCCCGAUGUUCAGUCGCUGCCCAAAAACAUCAUGUUCGCCUUCUUCCAGGGGGUAAGUUCUCAUUUGGUUUUCCUGAUCUCUGCCGCUUUUGAAACGGAUCUCUUGAUUGAUGGGUUUGUUCGUUCGUUUAUGACAUUUGUUUGCUGCCUACCUCGUAUCUGA